AUGACAACCGCGGCGACAUGGGAGGUGAGCGCGCGUUUCCCGAUCACUCUGAGCCUCCGCGACCACUUCGUGAAAAAGGCCAGCCGGAAAAGGGCUGCUACGGCAGGCUAUAUAAGCGAAAAGCUAUGUGAUGAUAUGAUCCACCGCUUGUCUCCCUACCUUCAACGAAAUGCGCCCGUUGACAUCCUUGACCUAUGGCCUGGCUCUGGGGUAUGGUCAUCCAAAAUGAACGACUUUCUUCGUCCCCGUCGUCAUGUUCUGGUCGAGCCAAAUAUAAAGGUAUUCGGAUCAUACCUCAAGGAAUUGGCCAAAAGUAAACCGUGUUACAAGCUCGCAUCUGGGGAUAUCUAUGGAACCAACUGGAGUACAGUCUACAAAAAAUACCUACCGGAACAGAUUCGUCCCAUGGAUGUAGUGCCUGGCACUUUGCCGAAGAACGACACUCUCUUGGUCCUUGCGAACCCACCAGAAACGGAAUCGAAGAAAAACCAUAUGACUCCGGCACGGUGGUGGGCCUCGUUGAUGGAAGACUGCAUGAACCAAACUGGGCUCCAUGCUUAUGGCAGCGUGCGCAUCCUGGCUGGGUUUUCUGUCACGGAAUUGCAAGUAGUGCUCCCCCGCAGCAUUCACGAACGCCGGCGACCAGCGAUGUUGACGGAAAACGUGGCAUUGCAUCACUUUGAAAUUGCCAGUGGAUACGAUCUAGAGCCGUGGUAUACACUCAAAACUUGGGACUCUAUUCAGCGCAAUAAACAGCGAGUUGCUGAGAGAUCCGCCGCGCUAGGUGUGAUCACUCCACCCGGGCAAGGUCACCACCGAUUUGAGAGAUCCAUCCGGAGGGGAGAGAAUCUGGCUAAAACCAAAGGCCGUGACUUGACGGCCCAGGAGGAAGCGGAAAUUAGAAAGGAAGCACGGACAGCUCGGGCCGCCUUGAACUUUGAUAACCGCUGUGCCUGGGCUCGAGCGGACAUUAGCAAGGAUAUGUCUGCAAUCGAUGCUCGUUCACGAGAUUUGUCGCGUGCGGCCGCGGAUCCUAAGGUGACUGCAGCCUCACUAGAGGAGAUCGAUCGAGAUAUCGAGGCCAAAAAAGUGGCCUUAAGCCAGAAAAUGGCCGACCUUCAUUUCCGCCUCAUUCGCGGCUGGGAACGGGCCCUUGACGAUAUACGCAUUGAAACAUCCUCGAACAAUCUGGAUGACUCUGUCCUACUAUGGGACCGGCGCCCAUUCGAGCCAAUGCUCAUGGAGGCCGAUGAGAUCUUCCCUCGCGCCCAUCAAACCCUGGUCUAUUUCGAAGCGGACGAACAUGCCAUUUCAGCCCAACAACUCAGCAGGGUCCCUUCCGAAGACCGUGAAGCAGUGAUGCAGCUAUUUGAAGCCAUGACUCUCAGCUUCAGCAGCGGCAAUCACAUGAGCAUCGCUGAGCUGGCCGAUCGCUUCUUCCCUGGUCAAGCGGCUAAUGACGUUGUCAAAAGCAUCCCUAGUCUGGCUAAAUAUGUGGGGAAACGGCUCAAGCCGAACUGUGGUCCUAUGCCGCUGGCCGAUGACACAUUGGACCCGAAUGAGUGCUUCCAGGAGAAUAUCGAUUAUGACCUAAGCGAGACUCGGGUGAUAUCCCUGCCGAUCCGAGUUAUCUGGGAUAUUCUGUUAGAAUAUCAUAAGAACGCGCAGGACCUGUCGCCGCUGCAGAUAAACCGGCUUCUCGGCGGCACUAUGACGUCCUACCGGACCGGCGAGUACCGAUUGGAUACCGCAGCGAAGAAGCUGCAUUAA